UAACCAAGAUAUCAAAGACUGGGACAAAAUCAAUACUAAUUCUUUGCUCUUAAAAUACAAGACAACCCAGGUAGUUUUUUAUCAGAAUCAUGGCAGAGGAACUAAAGAAGCUCCCCGAUCUUCCUAUAGAAUCACCAUCAUCUCCAUUACCCAUUCUUGAUUGGAGUAACCCACCACCACAAGCUGGGAAAAUGUCAUGGCCAGAGUUGGUAGGUGUGACAGCAGAGGAAGCAGAAAAGAAGAUAAAGGAGGAAAAACCAGAGCUGGACAUACAUAUAAUUCCACCUAAUUCUAUGGUGACUAUGGAUUACCGUUUAGAACGGGUCCGUAUUUUUGUAGACGCAUCUGGAAAAGUUGCCCAAGAGCCUCGACUUGGCUAAUCAUCUUUCCAAAAAUCACUUGUCAACAAUGAGAAUCAAAUGCCUUUUCUGGUUUUCUCUUUGAAUUAAUGCUGUACUACUGUGUCUAUGUGUAUGUUUAUGUCUAUCUCAUCUGGUUUCUCCUUAGAUUAUGAAUAAAGGUUGGCAAAUAAGCUAUCAUGUCAAUAGGUUCUUGUUUAUAAAGUAAAAGCUUCCUUCCGUAA